AUGCAUGCAUGCGCUCCGUCGGUGUGGCAGGCAAUCGCGGCGGCGAGGGUGACCGGAGAGGAAGAAGGAGACGAGGUCGGUUAUUGCAGAUGUGGAUUGAGGAGGGAAAAGAUGCGGUCUUUGCAUACAUGCGGCCCGUCCUCCUCCGCAUGGGCGCUGCCGGAGAGGCCCACCGGCACCGGGUCGGCGGUGGCGGCAACGAGAGGGCGGGCGGCGAGUCGAAUGGAAGCUCCGAGGGGCAAGUGGACAGAGAUGGGUUGGCACGCCACGGGAUGGAUCUUCCUCAACGCCUUCAUCGGGUACGCGGUGCCAAUGAGCCUAUACUACUAUGGUCUUCGUGAUACAACGCCAGCUUAUGCCGUCAUCUUUUUGAACAUAAUUCCGCUGGUCACAUUCAUUCUCUCGCUCGUCUUCAGAAUGGAGACAUUGCAAAUCUUGAGCAUAGCUGGAUCACUCAAGGUCGUAGGCGUCAUACUUUCGGUUGGAGGUACAAUGCUCAUCAGCCUUUACAAGGGCAAGAUACUGCAUCUUUGGAAACCCGUUCUGCGCCACAUGGGGCAAAACACGACGGAGGUUGCAGGCAAUCAUCUAAGAGGGGCAAUAUUCUUGGUAGGCAGCAGCAUCACACUUGCUUGCUGGUACCUGAUUCAGUCAAAGGUUAUGAAGGUGUAUCCAUACAAAUACUGGUCGUCCAUGGUGACAUGUUUGGUUGGAGGAUUUCAAACAGCACUAGUUGGAAUAAUAUUGAGUAGGGACAAAAGUGCAUGGAAGCUAGGAUGGGAUCUCAACCUUCUGACCAUCUUCUACUCUGGGGCACUUGCAACGGCUGGGAAAUAUAGCUUGAACUCAUGGGUCGUCGCCAAGCGAGACCCAGCAUAUCCUCCAAUGUUCAGCCCAUUGUCAGUGGUAUUCACUGUUUUGUUGGACUCCAUCUUUAUAGGCGACGAGAUUACGACAGGAAGCUUGUUCGGCACAACAGUGGUGAUUGCUGGGCUCUACAUUUUCCUAUCAGCAAAAUCAAAAGAAGUGCGGGACAAAUAG